UUGCUACCGUGGAACACUUUCUAUUUUCAUUAUCUAUAUGUUUGUAUCAGUAAUAAUAUCCAAACCAACUUUAUAUAUUUAAUUUCUUUAAGCUCUAGUGUUCCGUUAGAUGUCCUUCCUUGAGUUCCUUCUUAUAUAUAUCCAUCUAUGUAUCUAUCCAAUCUUCUGAACUUCUGCUUGCAAUUCUUUUCUCUCUUUUAAGUUUCAUAAAAAUUUACAACAAAAAUAUUAUAUAAAUAUGGCUGGUGGAGAAAAAGAGCGAACGUUGGAGGAAACGCCAACCUGGGCUGUUGCAAUUGUGUGCUUUGUUUUGCUUGCUAUUUCAAUCAUCAUAGAACAUAUUAUUCAUGCUAUUGGAAAGUGGCUCAAAAGAAAUAACAAAACUGCUCUUUAUGAAGCAUUAGAGAAGGUUAAAGGAGAGCUUAUCUUGUUGGGAUUCAUAUCUCUACUCCUCACGGUGUUCCAAAAUCCAAUUUCUAGAAUAUGCAUAUCAAAGAAUGUUGCUUCAACGUGGCAUCCAUGUGCCGUCCCAAAGAAAAGUAAAUCUGGUUACGAAGAUUCUGAUGAUGAUGAUGGUGAUGAUGGUAAUCGUCGAAAACUCUUAGAGUAUUUAGGCCACAUACCUCGCCGUGUUCUUGCUACAAAGGGAUACGAUAAGUGUGCAGAAAAGGCAAGUUUCAACACCUUUAACAAUUUCAUUCUUCAAUCUUUUGAUUCUAAUUUUUGUGCAUUGUUAGUAUGUGAUAUGGUAAUGGAUGCAAUGAUGUGUGAGAAAAUUGGUAAAUGCAUUGAGCUUGAGAAAUGUUCAUUUGAAUCUAUGAGUGUGGUAUGUGUGGGUGAUUACAUGAUGUGUGAAUGGUGUUGA